UCGUCUUUAGGUGCAAAUAAUGGACACGAGUACAAGGGAGGAAAAGGGUAGGUGUCAUUGAACUGUUUUUAAUUUGGCCAUCUGGUAACCAAACUAUGCCCUUCAACCCAAAAGCCAUAGCUAAGCCGCGCAUGCACUUAGAGAGUCUCUCUGUCUCUGUCUCUCUCUCCCCUCCUUUAAACGUGGCUUUUCCGACUCCUGCGUUCUGUGGACUCUUUCUUACUCAGCCUUAGAGGAGGCCAUUUCUCAUCUUGCCCUCUUCUCUGUCGGGUUGUUUCUGCCUGGCUUUCACACUCUCUGAAACUUGUGAUUCGUGUCGUAUCGGCGACGCUGUCGUUUUGGAUCGUUCGAGCUCUCUGUUUCCUGCUGGGUUCAGCUGCCACGCUUCCUUGUCUAUGUGGGAUUGUAAUGAAUAUAAAUAAAAGAUUCAGUUUUCUAUGAAGCCAAUCAAAUCAUGGAGGUGGUGACUAGAAAAAAGAGUGGCUUGUCUGAUGGGCAGGGAAAAUCAAGCUUCAAGAUGAAACAGUUGCCUUUUAUGGCAAUUCUGUGUACAGUGAUGUUGUUUAUUGUGUAUAGAACUACAAAGUAUCAAUAUCAUGAAGUAGAGAUAGACAGAAAGUGGAGUCUUUGGGGAGAAACAAAGGGUUAUCCUGCAGCUUCUGAAAAGUUGAAAGGCUUGCCACAAGGUAUUAGACAGGCUACUUCAGAUCUUGAGUUAAGACCUUUAUGGUCGAGAAGUAGUUCUAGGUCAAAGGUUAGUGAUUACUCCAAUCGGAACUUGCUGGCAAUUCCAGUUGGUAUUAAGCAAAAGCAGAAUGUCAAUGUGAUGGUGCGAAAGUUUCUUCGAGCAAAUUUUACAAUCAUUUUGUUCCAUUAUGAUGGUAACGUGAAUGGAUGGUGGGAUCUCAAUUGGAGUAGCAAGGCUAUACACAUAGCUGCUCAUAACCAAACAAAAUGGUGGUUCGCAAAAAGAUUUCUACAUCCAGAUAUAGUUUCUAUUUAUGAUUAUAUAUUUCUCUGGGAUGAAGAUUUAGGGGUAGAGCAUUUUUCCCCCUCAAGAUACCUUGAAAUUAUAAAAGAUGAAGGAUUGGAAAUUUCUCAACCAGCUCUUGACCCGAAUUCAACAGAGAUACAUCAUAGAAUUACUAUUAGAGCAAGAACCAAGAAAGUUCAUAGGAGGGUAUAUGAACUCAGAGGCAGUACAAAGUGUUCAGAUGCCAGUGAAGGGCCACCAUGCACUGGGUUUGUGGAAGGCAUGGCUCCUGUUUUCUCUCGAUCUGCUUGGUGUUGUGCUUGGCAUCUUAUUCAGAAUGACCUUGUUCAUGGAUGGGGAAUGGAUAUGAAACUAGGAUAUUGCGCACAGGGGGAUCGCACGAAAAACGUUGGAGUUGUUGAUAGUGUAUUUGUGGUUCACAAGGGAAUACAAACUUUGGGUGGGGAUGGUCAUGAUAGCACCAAGGAAUCGGAUUCAAGAAAGCUAACCAAGAAACACAGUUCAUCACCUCUUGAUACGCGAGGCGAGAUACGAAGGCAGUCAACAUGGGAACUGGAAAUCUUUAAAAAGCGAUGGAACCAAGCUGUAGCUGAGGACAGAAACUGGGUUGAUCCGUUUAAGAGUAAGAAGAGACUCGUGAGAAGAAGACGCAGCCAGCAGCGAUGACGUUUGCAACUUGUUUAAGCUAUCAGCUUCACUUCACAGGCAUUAACUCACACAUAUAUAUAGACUAUAGGUAUAGUUUAGUUGGUGUAGCUCGCAAUGAAAUUUCAAUUCAUUCAAUUCUUGGAGAGAAAAAUCACAUUUUUGAUUUUAAUUGUUUUUGCUUUUAGCAUCCCUCUUCCUCUGUGAUGCUAUAUAAUGGUCAUCGUAGAUGCAGCCUCAUUAUAAUGGAAACGUUUUGCCACGUCUUUAUGCUAUAAAAGUGCUUUUUGUUGGA